AGCUCUGUUUACUCAUCAGCUUCUCAGACUUCCAUCUUGACACCGUUAUUUUUUUCUCGAUUACAGCGUGUAGUUACAACAUUAUCGAAUCUUUUGAUUGAACACAAUGCAAUCAGCCCGCCCUCUUAUCGACGCAGUGAGGAAUGAAGGUUGUGCAGUGGCGCCGCCACAUCCACGAAAACCCGUACGUUGCAUACGAGGAGCAGCCCACCGCCGACUAUGUGGCGGACAUCCUCGGCAAGAUGCCUGCGCCGCUGGACAUCCGCCGCCUGACGCCAAACAGCGUGGUGGCUGACCUGAAGGGUGGCGCUGGCGAGGGCCCGAUGUACGCGCUCCGGGCGGACAUGGACGCGCUGCCGCUGCAAGAGGAGAGCGGCGAGCCUUUCAGCUCCAAGCGGCCCGGCGUGAUGCACGCGUGCGGCCACGACACGCACACGGCGAUGCUGCUCGGCGCGGUGAAGGUGCUGUGCCAGAUGCACGACCGCAUCCGCGGGACGGUGCGCUUCAUCUUCCAGCACGCGGAGGAGGUGAUUCCGAGCGGUGCGAAGCAGCUGGUGAGCCUUGGCGUGUUGGAUGGUGUGUCCAUGAUUUUCGGAUUGCACGUUGCUGCUGAGUACCCCACAGGUAUCAUUUCGACCCGCCCGGGAACGCUCUACGGCGCGUGCAACGACUUCGACAUUGUGAUCCGCGGCGCCGGUGGUCACGCCUCGCAGCCGGAGCUGUGCAUCGACCCUGUUGUCGUGUCCGCGGAGGUGAUCUGCAACCUGCAGACCAUCAUCUCGCGUCGCGUGUGCGCAUUGCAUGCACCUGUGCUGAGCGUCACGCAGAUCAACGGUGGUGGUGGUGCGUACAACGUCAUUCCUGACACGGUGCAUAUGCGCGGUACGCUGCGGUGCCUCGACCGCGAUGUGCAGGCCCGUGUGCCCGGCUUGAUGGAGGAGAUUGUUGCGGGCAUCGCGAAGGCCCACGGUGCAGAGUACGAGCUGAGCUGGCUGGAGCCGAACAUCGUGACCUACAACGACCCAAAGGCGUACGAAAGUGGCAAAGAGCGUUGCAGAAGAAAUAGUUGGCGUGGACAAAUUUGUCGUGAAGUCCGAACCCAUGUUUGGCGUGGAGGACUUCUCGGAGUACGUUGCCGUGAUUCCAGGCUGCUUCUCGCUGAUUGGUAUCCGCGACGAGGUGUUCGGCUCCACGUACGCGGAGCACAGCUCCAAAUUCAAAGUUGA